AUGGGAAAAAUUACAGUAAGUGAAACUAAGGGUAAACAACGUCAUAACCCUUUAUUAAAAGAUAUAUCCAGUAUCAGUGGAGAUUUGAAAACCACCUCAAAAAGUAAGAAAUCAAAGAAAGUCGAAAAGGAAGAACCUGAUUUUCUUGAUGCUAAAACUUCUAGAAAAAUUUUACAAUUAGCUAAAGAACAACAAGGAGAAAUUGAAGAAGAAGAAGGAAUUGUUGAAGAAUCCAGACCUUCAUUCUUAGAAAGUUUCAAAAAUGUUGAAAGUGAAGAAGAAGACGAAGAUGAAGAUGAUGAACAGUAUUCAGAUUUUGAAGAAGAGGAAGAAUUAUUUGAAGAAGAAAUCGAAGUCAAUGAACAAGAUGCUGAAAUGUUUGAAAAAUACUUUGCAUCAUCAAAUAAUGAUGGUUUUGGAGGUCUGAUCAAUUUAGCUGAUAAGAUUAUGGCUAAAAUUCAAGAAAAGGAAAUUAUGAAACAACAACCUGAAAGACAAGUUGAAGGGGUCAGAUUACCACCAAAAGUUAUUGCAGCUUAUGAAAAGAUAGGUCAAAUUUUAGCCAGUUAUAGACAUGGGAAAUUACCUAAAUUAUUCAAAGUUUUACCAAGUUUAAAAAAUUGGGAAGAUGUACUUUAUGUUACCAAUCCAGAAAAAUGGACUCCACAUGCAGUUUACGAAGCUACUAAAUUGUUUGUUUCCAACUUACAAGCCAAUGAUGCUCAAAGAUUCAUUGAAAAUGUCUUAUUAGAAAGAUUCCGUGCAUGUAUUGAAGAUACCGAAGAUCAUUCAGUUAACUAUCAUAUCUAUAGGGCAUUGAAAAAAUCAUUAUAUAAACCAGGAGCUUUUUUCAAAGGAUUUUUAUUCCCAUUAGUUGAUUCUCAUUGUAGUGUUAGAGAAGCUACCAUUGCCGCAUCAGUUUUAACUAAAGUUUCCAUUCCUGCUUUACAUUCAUCUGCCGCAUUAGCUCAAUUAGCUGAAAGAGAUUUCAAUCCUGCUACUACAGUUUUCAUCAGAGUCUUAAUAGAGAAAAAGUAUGCAUUACCUUAUCAAACAUUAGAUGCAUUAGUAUUCUAUUUCAUGAGAUUCAGAAAAGCUGGAGGUGAACAUCAAGAAUCAAUGAUGGAACAAGAUGAUGACGAAGAAAUUAAUAAAUCAUUACCUCCAUUACCAGUGGUAUGGCAUAAAGCAUUCUUAGCUUUUGCUCAAAGAUAUAAAAAUGAUAUAACUGAUGAUCAAAGAGAUUUCUUAUUAGAAACAGUAAGACAAAGAUUCCAUCAUUCAAUUGGACCAGAAAUUAGAAGAGAAUUAUUAGCUGGUACUCCAAGAAUUCAAUCUGAACCUGUCAAAGAUGCUGUUAUGAUUAAUGCCUUUUAA